CACAUACACCCUCACAACCCCAUGGAAACAACAUUUGGGGUGGAUGGCAUGAAUGGUGAAGAAUGUUUAAAAUUCCUUGUUGGCUGUUUUGGGAUGAUUUCCUCCAAUCUGCACCAGGACACGAGGUCAGCAUAGCCCAUUCAGCAAAGGAAGGGACCCACAACAUGUCGCGGACCUCAACACUUUGGACAAAGAGGCUACUCCGGGGGGUUCGUGAGGGCAACCGAGUGUGACACAUCCUGCUUUUUGUUGGUGGUGUGUUCUGAGGAAAGUGAAUUCACAGUUCACCACCCUCUCUCUUUCGCAUUGACGGUGGUGGUCUCUCAGCAACAUUAUAUGGAGAAAUCCUCUCACAAUUGAGAGUAGCAUAGUGGUGCGAGAGUUGGACGUAGCAGCGCGAAUCAUAGGCAGGUUGUGGUAGAAGACACACGAAGGAGGGUGCUUCGGUUGUACGUACAGUGAGUUUUUAAGUGGAGAAAAGGAAGUUUCAUUUUUUGGAAUUUCCAUUUCAUGUGAAAAGUCUCGACCUUCCUUUCUGAAGGUAAUCCCAAAAGAGUGAUACAUAUAUCAAAGGGGCAGCAAAGGGGUAUUCCCUGUGAGCCCUGAGUGUUUUUUAAUCUGCUCUGCAAAUGCUGUGGAUUUUGCAGUGAUGUGAAAAUUGUAUUCUGAGUGAGAAAAAUCGAAUCGAGCACGUCCAUUUGCGGUGCACAAAAUUCACCUUCUGCUCAACUUUGUACAAGCACAGUGUGUGCAAAUAUGGAUGAGAUUUGGUAUCCACAUCAGAGACUACCCAUUGAGUACCUGUGAUUUCAUCCAAGCAAACCAGGAGGAUUACCGUGAUACCCAAGAGUGAGGGCAGAAGAAAGUAGAGACAUACAACCGCACCACAUUUCCUCCCCAGGGCCAUCCACAUCUCGCAAAGGGCAUCUCUUCCACCCCAUUUGCAACCAUGGUGAGCACAACAAUCAGCCUCGUUGACACGAAAACACCCACAGCGACGAAUCACAGCUCCGGGCGUACAGCCGGUGAGUCAUCUGCAGGAGCCUCAGGCGGUGGUGGUGGUGGUGGUGGUGGCAAUGGCGUCGGCGGGAAUGUUCUCAACGAACAGAUUUCGAUGCUCUUCCCAAAGUGUCGUCCACGGAAUGAUGUCAAUCUCAAUCCCCUCACCACCCAUGUACCCCCAUCGCCGCCACCAUCGUCGCUUUCCUCCUCAAACUCCUCAGUUCGCAUUCCGCUGUCCAAAUCAUCGUCCGUCGCCACGAAUCCCUUCUUAACUGCAACACACGACUUGGGGGGUAUUUCUGGACGACCCGACAGGUUUAGCAACUACUACUAUGGGAACACAAGUCAAGCAUCAAUGGACUACGGAUCCAACUACACUCAGAAUUCCACUGAGAUGAUGUCGAAGCACUUUCAGAAGCACCUAAAUCACGUCCAGCGAUCAGCUUCGUAUCACCAGAAUCCAUUUUUGAAGGACACCGAAUUGGGAUUCUGGGAUAUGCGAGCUAGGACACCGAAUACAACUCCAGCAAGUACCGUACUUAAUUCCCCGGAAGUCACGGAUAGUGAAGGAGGAAUGGCGGGUCCACCGCUUGGUUUGGUCAGUCGCAGCCACAUUGGGAUGCUCCCGUCGAAGCAAUCACAUCAUAUUCGUGUUGGACGAAGCCCUGUGGGACACGGUGAGAGUUAUUCUUUUGUAGAGCCAACAAAUGCAGCAGCAGCAGCUUCGUGCUCUUCAACUUCAGCUUCCGGACGGAGUGUUGCGGUGGUUACAGACGGAGAAGUUGUCGUAUUCGAUGACAUUGGUGACACUUGGCAAAAUUUGCGCAUAACAACGGAAUCAGAAAUGCCAGAACACAAGACAAUUCACGAGGAGAAUGACGAAGAGGAGGAUGAUGAGGAGGACGAGGAGGAGACUGUAGAUAUUUUUGAGCAUACCCGUGUACCGAGGGAGCAAAUAAAUCACAAAAUGGCCAACCAUUUGGAAGCCACCACCACGAGAUAUGUGUCGAGUGGAAAAAAUGUUUCUGGCAUCAUAGAAUAUGAUGGUUCUCCGAGGCGAUUUGGCCAUUUGGCCACAUCAAGUACCAUCAAUCAGUACUACGAUGACACCCCUAUUUCUAAAGCACAAACCUACGGUACGAUGACCACAAAGCUGAAACCACGACCAGGAUUCCCACAGCGUGUUAUGCCAUCGCCCACGGAACCCACAACCGUACCCCUGGAUGAGCACAGCCACGAUCAGGAGGGUAGUAGUAGCAGCAUCAAUGUAGCAGAAAUGCAAACACCAACGGAUUUUACACUAACCGAACCAAAACUCUCAACAUUUGACUACCUGUACGAAUUCUCCGAGACACGCAAAGUUCUCGAAGAAUUCUUCAAGUGUCCCAUUGCGGAGGAUGAUAAGACGCUUGAGAAGUUGAGUGAUUUCAAUGGAAGUGAUGCUGACAGUACGGACAUUCACUAUGAAUUCCGUGGGAGUAAUAAUCAAGAGAGCGACAAGGACAAUGAACACUGUCCCUAUCCCCUUGUUGAGGGGAUGGUAACAAAAUCCCCCACUGAGAAUGUCACCCCAACGAGUCCUAUGAAGCAGAAUGGCUUCGGGAGUAUCCAAAUGUCGGAGGCACAUCAAAUCAAUGAAUACGAUGCGUAUCUGGAUUCAGCAAGUCGCAGUAGUGGGGAAUUGGGUGACACGGAAAUCAAGCACAAUUCCACACCACAGAGGCAUUCGCGAUGCUUCAGAUAUUCCCCCGAGACAACGGACUACGAUUCCAAUUGCGGGGAUCUCGAUAGUUUAUCUGGCGACUACAAUACCACGACGAAUUAUCCAGCAUUUGCGCGGCACUACACAUCGAUGCCGGUGCUGGAAGAUGGAUUGUCCAGUGGUCAUGCUUCGGACACUGAAAAUAACAAUCCCACCACAAUUGCCGUCUUGAUGGCGGACAAGAAGCCCACGGAGACGGUGAUUGAGCCUCCUCCGUUGCAGCUGAGAGCUCAAACUAUUGUAGAUAGCCCAAUAAAGAGAUCCCCAAUUAUGCAGAAGCUCGAUGAAUUCCUCCUGAACACCAAUAACAGCGUGAGGAGUGAAGUUAAAGCUGCAGAAGCUUCCGAAAUGCCCCAGAGCAUCACUUCGAGCACCAUUUUCAAGAAUACAGAUCCUGAACUUGAAUCUCUCUAUUCUAUUAACAUGGUCCAGAUGACACCUCCACCACCAGCUCCAGCUCCACAUAGAAAAGCUUCCGUAGCUGGAUUGGAUGCAAAUGUUCCGGAUAUUCAAGCUGCCUUAAAGGAUAUCCGUUCAACAUUGAAGCGAACAAAGACAUACCCAACGCAGCAGGAUAAUCAUCUUCUAUCGGAAGCCAUUGCCUCCCCUAUCUCAACAUCUCCCGUUUGGAUACCAAGCUACAGAUGCAGAGAAAACAUUCCCGAGAGUACUGAAUUGGAUGCAUUGCACGAGAAGAGCGCAAGUGGAGAAGAAGAGGAAUUGGAUACAGAUCUCGAAACAGAUAGACUUCUAGGGCAUCAGCGGGUGGAUGAUCAAGGAUUCUACGAUGAGAAUAGCAAAUGGUCCGAACGGAAGGGUCGCUUUGGGGCAUCAACACUCAGCAAAUUGUCCCCGAAAGUUCCCAAAAGUAACUCCACGUCGCUCCUUAGGCAGGGAAUAAACUCCCUCCUACCGUCCACACCGGAAAUCACAUCAACAGUCACCAAUCUCAAAUCACCUAACAACAAUCUUGUGGAUCUCGUGAGUGGGAAUAGCAACCUUUCGCCACAGAGUGGUGGUGGUGGGAUGCAGAAUGUCUCCUCGCCGGAGCAUAUUGACAGCGGAGGAAGUGGGGAUCAGGAUAAGCAUCAGGAUUUAAUAAAUGAGAGCCCCAGUGGUUCAAAUGCAUCCACAAAGGAUGGGGAUAAGAAGAAGAAGAGCAAAAAUAAGGAAGUACUCAUUGAGGGUGUCCUUUUCCGUGCACGCUAUUUGGGCUCAACACAACUCGUUUGCGAAGGUCAACCAACAAAAUCAACAAGGAUGAUGCAAGCUGAGGAAGCAGUAUCCAGGAUUAAGGCUCCUGAUGGAGAAAAUCAACCGAGUACAGAGGUAGACUUGUUUAUCUCAACGGAGAAGAUUAUGGUGCUGAAUACAGACCUCAAGGAGAUCAUGAUGGACCACGCCCUGAGGACAAUCUCCUACAUUGCUGACAUUGGGGACCUGGUGGUGCUGAUGGCACGACGACGGUUUGUGCCGCAGGACAUGGAUGACGGGCCGAAGCCCAAUCGAACGCCCAAGAUGAUCUGCCAUGUCUUUGAGAGUGACGAAGCGCAAUUCAUUGCACAGUCCAUCGGCCAGGCCUUCCAGGUGGCCUACAUGGAGUUCCUCAAGGCGAACGGCAUUGAGGAUCACAGCUUCGUCAAGGAGAUGGACUACCAGGAGGUGCUCAAUAGUCAGGAGAUCUUUGGCGAUGAACUGGAGAUCUUUGCGAAGAAGGAGCUACAGAAGGAGGUGGUUGUGCCCAAGGCGAAAGGAGAAAUCCUCGGGGUGGUAAUUGUGGAAUCGGGAUGGGGCUCAAUGCUGCCCACUGUGGUCAUUGCGAAUCUCCUGUCGUCCGGCGCUGCAGCGCGUUGCGGACAACUCAACAUAGGUGACCAAAUAAUCGCCAUCAAUGGGCUGAGUCUUGUUGGUUUGCCCCUGUCCACGUGCCAGACGUACAUAAAAAAUACCAAAACACAGACUGUUGUCAAAUUUACCGUCGUUCCGUGUCCUCCAGUCGUUGAGGUGAAGAUUAAGCGACCAAAUACAAAGUAUCAACUAGGAUUUAGUGUUCAGAAUGGCGUGAUUUGUAGCUUGCUUAGGGGUGGUAUUGCGGAAAGGGGUGGCGUCCGAGUGGGUCACAGGAUAAUUGAGAUCAAUAAUCAGAGCGUCGUGGCGGUUCCGCACGAGAAAAUCGUCAAUUUACUCGCCACUUCCGUCGGAGAGAUCCUGAUGAAAACCAUGCCCACAUCAAUGUUCCGACUACUGACUGGGCAAGAGAAUCCAAUUUACAUUUAAGGUGAUGAAAACGAUGGACUAAGCAUGAAAGCUAAAGAGUUUAAGUUUCAGAAUAAAUGUGUUAUAAAAAGGAAUUUAUAAAGAAAAAAAAUAAGCAACAGAAUUCCUCUAAUUUAAAAGAGAAAAAAAGCUCAAUCUUAUUUUUCUGGAAUAAUAGUGAAUUGAUAAAGAAAAAAGAGAAAAAAAUCCAAUCCAUAAAUCUUUCAGAACUGAUUAGCGCAGAAUAUUUUCUUUCCCUCUAUAAAGUCUCCUCCUUAUUCAUCUGGCCUUGCUGGGGUGUGUCUUAUCAACUUGGUUAACUAAACUUAGCGAUUGUAUGUUGAGAAAAAAAAGAAACAAAUUUAAAAUGAAAAAAAAUCACACAGAGUAAAAGAGAAAAUAUAUUUAAGAAAAAUAAAUCUAAAUAGAAAAGAAAAUAUUUUAUUGAUGAGAUACCAACAGGUGAAAAAAUAUUUAAUGGAACACACACUGAAGAAUUUAAUCAACAGACAAAACCACACACAACACACAAAUUUAAAAAAAAAUAUUCCCAUACUAACAUAUCAGACACUUUCAAUCAUCUCUGAAAAUUAUCUAUUUUUUUAUUUAAAAAAAAAUAAGAAAAAUAUUUUUUUCCUUUUAACUUAGUCCUCUAUACCCCUCCUCCCUAUCAGAAUUAAUUGAGAAUUAAUUAAUAUUUUUAUACUUUUUUUUUCAAAAUGUUUGCAUUGCUUUUCACUUAAUUUUUAUUUAUUUAUGAAAAUAAAUAAAUUGAAAUAAUUAUUUCAGUUUAAAAAUCUUUUAAAAACUCUCAAGAUUUAUUUUUAAAAUAUAUUUCCUUCAAUUUUAAAUCGUAAGCUUUAUUCAAACCAAGAAUACACCAAAAGUCGAAAGAUCGAUCGUUUAACUUCGACUUCGUUCGGAGCUAUCGGCCAAUCAGAGAGCUUUUGAGCCUGAAGUGCAUUCUUAGUGUGAAUAGAGCGUCUCAUCAUCGUUUUCAAACACUUUUUUCCAUUUUUAUCAACAACAAAAGAAAAAAACGUCAAAAAUUCGACUAAAUUAUGAAAAUUCCCCAAAAAAAAUUCUCAAAUUGUAAAAAAAGAUUUAUGAAAAGCUAUAUUGAAAAAAAAAACUCUUACUGUCUGUAUUCUCUCUAAUAUAUUAAUCUCUCUCUAAAAAAUGAAUUGUCAUAAUUUUAUCUGAGUUUUAAUGAAAAAAAAACUGCUUUUGCCGAUGAUAAAAAAUGUAUAAUCUUAAAAAAAUAAACACACAAAUUAAUUAAUCUCCUUUUCGAUUUAUAUAUUGCCCAGAGUUUUCGCAUUGGCGGCAAAAAAAAAUCAUGCUGUGAAAAAUUUAUCGCAUCGCAAUCAAAUUCAACAAAAAAAAUUGAAUAAAUUCCCUCUCUAUUGUGGUGUAAGAUGUGCAAAUCAAAAAUUAUAAACAAGAAAAACUUAUUUUAUUUAAAAAAAAAAAUAUCUUUCAUUUCUUUUUCUUGAGUAAUAAAAUAAGUAUUUAGAGGAAAAAAAUGUAUUAUAAUGUAGUGAUGUAAAGUGAAAGUAUAUAAUUUUAUGAUGCAGAUGAAUAGGAGAUUGAUGAAAAGUGAAUAUAUAGGCUUUGCUGAUAAACA